UUUAUUUUUUUGUCAAUCACAUUUUUAUACAGACAUAAUUGCCUUUAAAGUAGAAAAAUAUGUGAAUAAACAAAUAUAAAAUGAGACAAAAUAAUUAUGUGAAUCACAAAAACCCUGUUUUAAAACUAGUUGUUGACCAUCACGCAAGCAAUGGAAAUAUCUAGACACAUGGUCCAAGAAUAGCCACACACCUCAAGCUGCCACCUUUGUGCGAAAAUCUAACCCUGUCAUACGUGGGGAGAGGAAGACUGCAGCCUCACCCGUACAAAGAGAAGACAUGACUUGGAUCGAGGAAGACUCUCCAAAAUGUUCAGACCGUCGUACAGAAGCUCAAGUCCAUUUUCUCUCAGUGACCUCGACAUGUGGGACACCAAAUCUCGUUUUACAGCUCAAAGCUCAGCAUGGUGUGGAUCCGCAACUGUCUCUGGGACUGGGUUUCUGUCGGAUGUCAGCUCCAGCACAUCUGGGAGCACUGGUGGCUUCAGACAGAGUGACCCAGGUCUGAGGAAGUGGCAGUCGUUGUCCCACCUAGCACCUGAAUGUGCGACACAGCCCUUUCCUCCAUCUCCAGGAUCUGUAUUAAGGUUUGCCCGAGGUGAAAGUAGCUUCAGACAAGCAGAAGGAGCCCAUUGGCUGCAGGAUGCUCACAAGCGUUUAGACACUCAACUGGACCGGCUGAGGAUGAGAAAUUCACCGCUGAGCCACAACAUAACUGCUUCACAACUGCUUGACAUGAAACAUAAGCAGCUGUCAGAAACACUGGCCACUUUGGAGCAGGAGAAAGAGGCAGCUGAAUUAUCACAGUUUGAAAAGAGUCACCAACGCAGAGCGCUUCAAGAAAGGGUGCUACAGCUGGAGAAAGAGUUGUUGCAUCUGAGAUCAACUUUGGACAGAAGGAGCCAUGAUCAGCCAACGGAGAGAAACCUUGACUCGCCUGGCGGAACAUUACCGAAGAGUCAAGACAACUUUAACAGACAGGUUACGCAGAAUGUUGACUUAGAGCUGUGCAAGCUGAGAGAUGCUCUAAGAGAUGCUGAGGCGAGGGCAAAGACAAAAGAAGAUGAACUCAACCAGGCGCUCAAGAAACUCCAGAUUUCUACAGAGACACAGCAGACUCUGUUGAAUCAAAUAGAGGAAACGAAUCAAAGGAGACAGAAUCUCUCUACAUUGCAAGAAGAGCUGAGUGAGGCUAACAACAAGAUCAGCCGAGCAUGCCUGGAAAAAGCCAUCUUGUCAACUCAAAUGCUAAAACUGGAGGAAAAUAUAAAAGAGCUGAAGGCCAAACUGACAGGGUUUGACAAAGAUCACCUGAUCCAGGAGAGGACCCAACAAGGUUCAGAGGGUUGCCAAUCCCAAAGCAAUCAGGAAACUGUUCAAACGAAGGAAGAUUUAAAGUCGCUAAAAGAGGUACAUGAAAAGCUGACAGGGGAGCUUGAAGAGAUUAAGCAGAAACUGAAAACAUCACAGUCUCAGCUACAGGAAGAAACCUUGGAGAGGUUAACCAUCUCUAAAAGGAUCACAGGUCUGGAGGCAGACUGCGCUCAGCUGACCACAGAAAGAGAGGAACUGCUGAGUAGAGUUAGUGGAAGUGGACAUGAAGAGAUAACAGCGAUUAAAGAAAAGUGCCACCUGCUCAGGGAAUCUGUGGAGGUUUUGGAAUUAGAAAAGCAGAAACUGCAGGAUCGAUGCAUGUAUUUGGAGGCCGGGGUCCUUGAGAGGGAGGAAAAGCUACAACUGCAAGAGGUAGAGCACCGGAAACAAGACGCAGGGAGACUCCAGAGCAACGAGGAACUGAAGGCUGUGGCCUCACACUGGGCACAGAAAUGGCAAAGGCUGGCUUUGACCCUGCAGUCUACACAAGAGGAGCUAGAGGAAGUCAAAAAGUACAACUCCAGAAAUGAAUCAGACUUGCUGCUGAAGGCUGAGCUUGGCGCAUGCAAACAACAGCUGGAGCUGGAGAGGAGCAGGACUCUGCUUCACAGAUGUGAAGAUAAAGGCACUGAUGCCUUGGCACAGACUGAGGACAGAGGGACACAGACAGAAUUAUCAGAAUCCUCUUUGUUAUGGGAGCCGUCAUCAGCCUCUCACCGCAGCCAAAACAAAGCCCCCAAGUCCUCUGAAGAUCAGGAUGAUGGAAACCAAGCAACUAUCUGGACCAGUAACUCACUGAGGUCCCAGCUGGAAGAGAGCAGGAGGAGAACGAGGCAGCUGCAGGAAGAAGAAACAUUGUCAGACCAGAGGCUCCAAACACUGAGGCAGCUUUAUCCGGUUCAAGAUGAGAUACCAUCUGGUGAAGGCAGGAAGGAUAAAACUGUCUCUCCUUUAGAUCCAGAGACAGACCAGCAGAGGAGGAUGGUCACUGAGCAGUUAAAGAAUCUGUUUAAGGAGCGAGAAGGAAAAGAGAUGGAAACUGUUGACAACAGAUUAGCUGCAGGUGAAAAUGCACCCUCCUCACCAGAAGACUGGACCCAAACAUCUAAGGGUGUAAGGAAUUCAGUGGACAGGAGGAUCUGGCAGCAUGGUUCAGGUUUAAUGCCAGUGUUUGAGGAGGAUGAAGAGGAGUGUGACUGUCCAGGAGGGGAGGAGGCUCGUGUUGAGGAAAACUGGCACAACCAAAGCCAACAGAUGUCAACUAUGACUGCAGUUAUCUGCAAACUGAAGGCAAAAAAUGAAAAUCUGCUGCCAGCAACACUAAGGUGCAAACCAAUCCAGGACUGCCCUCUUACUGCAAAAAACAAGACUGCUCUCGGUUCAGAUGUGACCGACCUGCAGCAGACCAAGCCCGCUUUGCUCUAUCCUGAUGGAUUAUUCCUGGCUGAGCUGGUAGAUAUCUGUAGCCCAGAUGAAGAUGAAGAGGAGGAAGGAGACAAAUGAGGUGUUUGUGCUGAACCAGCUAACUUUGUGCCUUAUAGCUUUAAAUGUUUUACUCAAAAUAAAUGUAAGGACUAACUUACUUCAGCAAUUUAAAGACACAAUGAUGUUAAGGUUAUACUUGAUAGAUGCUUUUACCUCAGAUGACACUGUUAAUAAAAGUCACCAAGCAAGCAAAA